GUCUGGAAGGGGAGGGGAGCCGUCUGCCUUCCGCUUCUGGGCUGGAUUGACACACAAUGAGGAGCAGAGGCUGGGGAGACGCUCCACAAACGCCGCUGUAAAUAAAUACAACAAUCACUGAGGCCAGAGAAACAUGGAGAACCAGUGCACAGUGCAGGUGAAGCUGGAGUUGGGCCACAGAGCCCAGCUAAGGAAGAAGGUAACAUCAGAAGGCUUCACCCACGACUGGAUGGUGUAUGUCCGCGGGCCUGAGACCGGCGACAUCCAGCACUUUGUAGAGAAGGUUGUCUUCCGCCUGCAUGAGAGCUUCCCCAAACCCAAGAGAGUAUGCAAGGAGCCUCCGUACAAAGUGGAGGAGUCGGGCUACGCAGGCUUCCUCAUGCCUAUUGAGGUCUACUUCAAGAACAAGGAGGAGCCAAAAAAGGUGUGUUUCAACUAUGACCUAUUUCUCAACUUGGAAGGCAACCCACCAGUCAACCACCUGCGCUGUGAGAAGCUCACCUUCAACAACCCCACCAAAGAAUUCAGGAGAAAGCUGAUCAAAGCCGGAGGGGUAAUGGUGGUUCCUGAGGGGGCUGAAGCAGUGUCGAGGCCCAGUCCAGAUUACCCGAUGCUCCCCACCAUCCCUCUUUCUGCCUUCUCAGAUCCCAAGAAGACCAAGACAUCUCAUCUGUCAAAGGAGCCGAGCAAAGAGGGAAGUGGUGGCAGCAGCAAAGGACCCAAACCGCACAAACUGACCAAGGAGCACCGUGAACGGCCCCGAAAAGACUCUGAGAGCAAAGCCACGUUGAAAGGAGACAACGACAGAGACGGAAGCAGCAAGAGUGGGCGUGAUCCGUCCUCUUCGUCAUCUUCAAAAAAGCCGUUGGAGAUCAAAGUGAAAGAUGAAGUUAAAGUUCAACCCAAGGCUGCCUUCAAGGAGCCUAAACUCACCCUGAAGGAGUCAAAGAUGGAGGGCAUGUCCCCUAAAGGAGGGGGGGCUGGUAGCGGAGGGGGGGGUGGGGGAGGAGGCGGGGGAGGGCCCGCAGAGCCCAAAGCCCCGGGGAAACGACCCUCUAUUGUCGAGUCUCCCAAACCCAGCGCAAAGAAGCAGAAAAAGGGCAGCUCAGAAGGGCCGAAGGGGCCGACCGUUGUUGCCUUCACAGGAACUUCUCCUCGUGUCUCCUCCUCCUCUGCAGCCAGCCAGCCGUACGCAGAGAAGAAACCUCCCAAAGAAAAAGGUCGCUGGGCCAAAGGCACGCAGGAGCCGAAGGAGCCCAAAAAACUUCCAGAGUCAGAAGAGUCAAAUUCAGAGGAUGAAGCAUCGUCAAAGUCAGAGCAAUCUGCCCCUUCCAGUCCUUCUAAUUCCAGUUCGAGCUCUGACUCCAGUUCAGAUUCCGACUUUGAGCCGGGACAGAAACAAGGACAAGGUCCUCUACGAUCGAUGGUGGAGGAGAUCCAAUCGGAAGAGUCAGAUGAUGACGACAGCAGCUCAGAGGAGGAGACGCCCAUCAAGACCAACCCCCCCAACCGUGACUCUCGACUUAGCCUGGAAAGCGAGAGUGACAGCAGUGAUGGCUCACACAGCCCCAGUCGAGACCCUGCCCCACCCCCGCAGAAACACAGCUCCUCCAAUAACAAAGUUUCAGGCAGAAAGAGUCCAGAUUCCUCGUUUCGCUCAGAGAAGGUGUUGAAGAAGGGAUACGACAAGGUAGGAAGGGCCUACACAGAAGAACUGGUGGACCUUCAUCGCAGACUGAUGGCUUUAAGGGAGCGUAACGUCUUACAGCAGAUUGUGAACCUGAUCGAGGAGACGGGCCACUUCAAUGUGACCAACACCACCUUUGACUUUGACCUCUUUUCACUGGACGAGUCCACCGUCCGCAAACUACAGAGCUACCUGGAGGCGACGGCCACGUGACAGGAAGUGGAAACCGGCGUGGGGACCCCGGCCUGUGGAUGGCGGCGGCGUAGGUAGACUCGCCACCAUGUCUCCUCUUUUUAAGGAGGGGACAGUCAGCCACAUCAUGUCGCAGCCGUUUCACAGGCCUGACUGAACCAUCGAACAGCUACCACACAAACAGAAACACACGAACAAACACAAGCACACAUGAAGACACCACCCUCACGUGACUCUGGGAGGAAACUGAAGGAGGUGGUGGAGGAGUUGUGGACGGGAGGGUGGAGGAGGAGCGGAGUGGCUGAACUUUGUCUACAGUCAGGAUUUUCACUACACAUCUCUUUUUUUGAGUUCGUGCAGAGCUGUGGAAUGCACCCCACACCCCCACCUUCACCCUCCUGCACUCCCGCCUUUGAAAACCCAAUACUUCCCCUCCUCUUCCUCCCCCCUUCACACGCACACUCCUUACUCUGCAGAACACUUCAAUCCCCUUCCCCCUGCUGUCAGCUGGAGCUCAUUUCUCUCCAAGCGUGUGUGUGUGCGUGUGCGCAUGCGCUUGUGUGUGUUAAGAGGAGAUGUUGUCUUUGUGGUCUUCUCUUUGUUCUUGACGCUCCAGCACAAACAGCCGGUUUUCCUCCUUUACAUACACGGUAAACAAAUACAGAUUCAGGUAAUAAUUGACUUUAACCUCCCCUAUUCAGCAUUUGUAAGCCGAAUAUAAAUUAUGAAUCAGUGGUUUAUAACACACUAUAAUGUAGUCGUAAACUUCUAAGUAAGUGUACUGUAACUAAUUCUACUUGGAAGUUAGCGUAUAAACUAUAUAAUAAUAAUAAUAAUAAUAAUAUAUAAUAAUGACUGACAAUAUAGUAAAAAUACAAACAUGACAAUUAAUGUACCUUAAGAAACACUUUAAAAUGUCAAUAAAUGUACUUAUAACCCCUUUACAGUGUGUUAUAAAUCGUUACAAGGCUUAUAAAUGCUACAUAGGGAUGGGGUUAAAGUAAAGUGGUACCCAGAUUCAUGCACACGUUUGUCUCCCAGAUCCUUACACUUAACACUGUAUUUGAAGACACUGAGACGUGUGCUGUAUGUGUGAGACUCUGUUUUGGAUGAGAUUUCUUCUUUGUUGUCUUAACAUUUAAAAACAUGUUGAGUUUCCCCUGUACUUCCUCACACUGAAAGCUGAGCCUUGACCUCCUACCAACAGCCCCCCCUUCCCCACUAAAGCCCCCUCACUCCAUCUCUCCUCUCCUUUAUAUUUCUCAUAUUGACGUGCAUGAAAGGGCUCGACUGCUCGCGGCCAGAGCAGUGGAGGUUCACUCUUGAAUUGCCUUCUAAGUGCUGGGUAGAGUUGGGAGGGGGGGUUUAAAAAAGCAGUGAAAAAAGUAGCCAUACUUGUCUCCCAGAAUCCAAAAAUAAGAAGAAAAAAAAAUAGGGGCCACGCCUUUUUACAUUUUAUUUUUCUACAAGUGCAUUUUGUGUAUUUAUUCCCAGACUGCGGUUAAGAUAACCUAUGAGCUAUGAAUGUAUAUCGCUUUUACUUUUCUACGGCUAGCGACAGCCCCACUCUAGUGCCUUUUUCUGCGACCGCUGUGUAAGGGGGGGGGGUGUUCGCUCUGUUAGCCAUGGUCACACAGUUUGAACCCCCCCAAAUACUCCCCUUGGGGAAACAAGUGUUAAUAGGGAUGCCUGAAUAUCCAGUGUUGUCUUAAUGGCUUCCGUCUCUGCUUCUCUUCCUUUUCCAGUGUCUUUGUAGGCUGUUGUCAUUUUAUCAGUGGCAUUUCUGUUAAGCCCUCCAGAAAUUUUAAGACAACUGUUUUUCCCUGAUGGUGGUCAUGUUUUUAUGUUUUUGAUUUCUGAGUUCAGGUUCAGUGUUUUAAAAGAGGAAGCAUUGUGGGACUAUGUGGUAGUUACUCACAGUAAUUAGCUCUAAUAACAGUUGCAUCAGCUGUGUCAUGUGUUUUGAGACGGUUGUUGUUGAAUAGGGUCGGGGUUCCCUCUUCAAGAGGUUUGAAGUAUUUGAACUAAAGAAGGAGUGUAAAGACCAAGUUACCAGGCACUUGAAGAGCAUCAACAAAAAGGAUGUGUAGGCAGAAAAUAAGCUAAAGAAACCCCUCCUUGUGUUUUCUUUCCCUAAAUAAUUCCAUAAUAUUUAAAUGUAACUCUCAGGGGUCUGAAUAAUGAAGCAAGAUCAGCGGGUUAGACUGAUACCUUAAACCCAGGUGGACCAGUCUCAACAAAGCUGGCUCUCUUUCACCAGUUUAGAUCACUGAACUGGUGCGGCUUAAGAGAAGUUUCCCUUUUAGAGGAUGACAUCAAAACCUGUAAACGAUUGGUAAUGCGCACAAAGCAACACGUUCACACGUCAGCUUUACAUGCUAAUCAUACCGGACAUUUAAGAUAUUCACAACCCACUCUUUUUAUGUUUGCGCCUUUUUAUUAGAGGUGACAGGAAAUCAGGGGAAGGGGAAGAAGAAAGGAGGCAUGACAUGCAACAAAGGUCCCCCAUCAGACUCAAACCGGUAACCUUGCGGUUCAUCGUCGGCGUCUAAAGCCCGGCAGUUGCGCAAAGCAAGUUGGCCUUAGUUCUCAAUUUUGAAUGACACUUAGUCACAUUUAAUUGCACUGAAAUACUUUAAUUGGUACAGAGUUGUCUAUUUUGCAUUAAUGAGCUAUUACUGCAGCUCAUAAGAACAUGCAGUCGACUCAAAGUGACGAUCAUAAAUA